AUGUCCGACCCGUUCUCUAUGAUCAGUUUGGCCGCAGCAAUAGUGCAGUUUGUCGAUUUCGGCGCCGUAAUCAUUCAAGGUGUACGAGAAGUCAAGGGUUCAAUCUCUGGUGCAACCGAGCGAAAUCGGAGCGUCGAAGUUGUCGUGAGCGACUUGAGAAAUCUGGUCCUGAAGCUCAGUGAACCGCACCAUUCGCGGGAAAGUGAGGAUGAGAAGGCUCUUGGUCGCGUUGCCGAUGAGUGCAAGAUUCUGGCAAAUCAAAUUCUCGACCUUCUCCAGAAGAUCAAGGCAAAGAACCCCAAAUCAACCCUCCAUGUCGUUUGGGCAGUACUCAAGAAUCAAAAAUAUAAGAGACAAAAGCUGGAACUAGAAGAGAGAUUGGAAAGUUGUCGGAACCACCUGGAAUUCCAAUUAAACUAUUUGACCAGUGCUGAGGUGAAGACUAGACUGGAUACACUGGUCAACUCUGCAGAAGGUCUAGCUGAAAAAUUCGAGUUUCUUCGAACGCAUGUCGAGCAACUUCGCUGCGGAACUGGUGUUGCGUCUUUCAGCCCCGAGGCUCAAGAACAAAUCCGAAAGCUCGUGCAUCUUCCAGACGACGAAAUCAAACAGCAACGCGUUCUAAAAAGUCUCGCCUAUAGUGAAAUGGAAGCACGAUUUAAAGAAGUCCCCCAAGAACACAGCAAAACCUUCGAAUGGAUCUUUGAAGACACCACCCAAGGAAGCAGGGUAGACAACGACCACUCCAGCCGAGAGUCAUUUGUGGAUUGGUUGUCAUCCGGACGAGGGAUCUUUCACAUAUGCGGAAAACUGGGGUCUGGAAAAAGCACAUUGAUGAAGUUUUUGUGUAAUCACCCUCACACUCAAAGGGAAUUGCAACGCUGGGCAGGCGGCCGGAAGCUAAUAUUUGCCAAAUUUUUCUUCUGGAGGGGAGCCAAAUCCGUGGAACAGAAGUCUGUCUCCGGCCUCCUCCGGUCGCUGCUCUACGAGACGCUACGUGCCUGCCCCGAACUCAUCCCCCGCGUGUUACCAGGCCUCUGGGCUCAGGCCGAGUCCUCGUCCUGGCAGGCGGACAUGAAGCUCGAUCUCGGAAAAUUGGAGGCCCGAGCAGCAGUCUCCAGCCUCAUCACGCUUCAGAACUUGUACAAGGAGUACUGUUUUUGCUUCUUCAUUGAUGGUCUGGAUGAAUUCGAGAAGACUCCUCAGGACGGCUAUGGAGAUCUGAUCAGGCUGCUUGGCAGCUGGUCCGAGGCUGCACCGGAAGUCAUUAAGAUCUGCGUCUCAAGCAGAGAGGACCUGGUUUUCAUGGACGCGUUCUCUAGCGAAAGGAGAUUCCGCCUUCAAGAUCUAACAAGAGAGGAUAUUCAACGUUACGUUCGGGAGACUUUGCCCAUAGCAGCUCACGAACAAACCGAAGGAUUAGUCGGAAAGAUAACCGAAAGGGCUGAUGGGAUCUUCCUUUGGGUGGCUUUGGUGACGAAGUCAAUUCGAGAUCAGUUGGAGGAAGGGUACGAGCUCUCUGUUGUCGAAGAAGAGCUUAACCGGCUUCCGAACGAGCUGCAAAAGCUCUUUGAGCAUCUCCUCGAGACUAUCAACCAAUCUCCCGGUUGCAAGACAGCUCACCAUACCUUUGCGAUGGUUCUGAAGCUUAGACAUUACAGCCUCGACCUGAUGUUGCUGGCGUAUUCUUUUCUGGUUCAUUACGAAAAGAACCCGGGCUUUGCUAUGGAUGCAUCAUCCCCGUUUUUGCACACAGACGACACUGGCGGAAGAAGUCGAGAAGAUAAUGCACGCAGAAGACUGUACCGAGACUGCAGACACCUUCUGGAAGUGAAGGAAAACCAGGAUGACGGGAAUACGAUCACCGUCACCCACCGCUCCAUCCUCGAAUUCCUCGAAAGUCAGGCUGUCAAGGACGCGAUGAAGUGUGAUCUUGAUGGCUUCAGCACGGAAGAGGCAAUUUCUCAACUCUUCCUUGCGGCGUUGCGGCACAAAAGGGAAAGAUUUUGCGACGAAUUUUUGAGUCGUGUCGUUUAUAACAUCAUCUGUAUGCGAGACGAAAGUGGCAUCGAUCAAGAACCAUAUCAUUUUCUGGAAGCUUUGAGUGCCGCGGCGAGUCCCGUCGCGAUUCACGACCCUGGGACCUGUAUGGAGCCACAAGAGUAUAGACGGAAGGUGAUUUAUCCUGCGUACGCAUUCCGUGUCCCUGUGACGGAUGCUGAUACAGGAAGGGCAGACUACUGCCUCACAUCUCCAGUCUAUGUUUCGGCAUUUGUGGGAGCUUGCCAAUACGUCGCUUGGAAGAUACAACGCGAUCUAACCAUUAUCGAAAAUAGGUCCGAAAUUGCUCUUAUUUUAUGCUGCAUUGAAUCCGGACCCGUAGCACGCCCUGAAGCCUUUCGCAGAAGGAUGAGUAUUCUCGAACACCUCCUCACCCGAGGGCUCUCUCCUAACGCCAUGAUACACAAUAGCAUUACGUCGACUGGCUACUUUCAUGAAGACCUGAGUUUCUGGCAGCAAUUCGUCCUGACCCUUGGACAGAGGCCAUUUCCGUCGGAUGAGACCAAAAAUGUGUUCGGCGAAGUAGUGGAGAGCUUUCUUGCCCGUGAUGCAGACCCUUACGUGUGGAUUUCGAAGGCUUUUCGAAGUCUAAAGGACGGGACGAGUGACGAAAUUCUGCAAGUUACUCUGGGAAGAGAGCGAUCUAAGACUAUAUCACUGAAGGACUUCGAGGCUUCCGAAUACUGGCUCCCACAUUUGGAUGAAACAGGCAAAAAGGUUCCGCUCCGAGACAUGAUAGAGUUCUGGAACUUUGAUAACCAGGAGGCGAUCCUGCAGUUACUGGAUGCGAAUGUGCGGCGACGAGAACUGAUGGCGAACGUGGACGACGUGUCAAACGAUCAGCUACCCAAAGACCAGGAGGAAUGUGUGAUAGAAGCUCUGGACACGCCUGGACUUCAGAAGGAACCGCCAACCACAUCAGCGUCAACCUUGAGAGAUGCGGUCGCGGAGAAGCCGGCGAUGAAGCCUUGGACCACGAGAGACCUCUGGUGGUUGCUCCAAUGGUCGGUGCGAAGUCAUCUUCUUCCAUUCGUGCUCGGCAUCCUUGUGGCCUGUGCUUCGCCUCGACUGUGGACUCUGCUGACAACACAGUCGAGUAUGCGAGAAGAGAGAAGAGGCGGGGGGAUCUCAGAGCUGUGA